AUGAGGGCUGCUAGGGCGGUGCGACAGCUGUCGCAGCUUGGAUGCUGCGGCGCAAGUCGGAAUGUGAGCCGCGGCUUGGGAGAUGCCUGGAACGUGCAAAGAAGAGGAUUCUGGGCUCUACGGCUGAUGAGAGGCGUUCAUGAUGUUGUGGGCCAUGCGAUAUCCCUAGGGGAAUAUGCGACGGGUGUGCGGCCAUCUCGAACGGCUGAAAGGUCGAGCCCAGCCGCACAAGAUACUACUACACGUGAAAAUAAGGCGAGCUUCCAACACACGAGCCAUGGCCCUCAUUCAUGGCAUACUUCGCCUCCUAUACCUCCGACCGCAGACCCUACCUCUCCAGCCGAUCUCCCAGAACAAAUACGCUCUGUUAUGCGACUAUUACCGCACUCCGUCGUUGUCUGUACAUCGACACACGGAGAAACGCCAAGGGCAAUGACCAUGUCAUCAUUCACUUCCCUCACUCUUUCUCCAACUCCAUUAAUAUCUUUCAACAUUGCCACACCAAGUCGAACACUAGACGCCAUAAUAGCGAGUCGUCAUUUCAAUAUACACGUCAUGUCAGGGGACGAAUUGGGCGUGGAAGUAGCGGAUAGAUUCACAAAAGGAAACACGGACGACGUGUUUAAAGGGAUAGAAUACGACACAGACAAGACAGACGGAGCUCCUCUACUAAAGGAAGAGGGAGUCAUGUACGCGCUCAGGUGUAGACUAUUACCUGACGAGCCGACGAGGGGACUAAUGAGAGUGAGGGAUCAUGUCAUUGUCGUGGGAGAGGUCGUGGAACUGAUAUCCGGGAGCCAUGUGAACAAAUUUGGGCUGUCAUAUGCGGAUCGAAAGUAUCGCCAGGUUGGGAGGGUCAUUUUGCAAGACUGA